UCCAUCCAUCCCCCGAUCUCCGUCAUCACAAGGUAUCUUCGUACCCCCCUCCACCCCCGAUCUACUUUUAGCCUCUUUCUGCCGGGCUCAAGUUUCGUUAUUGUUUUUUUAUUUUCCUCACAUCAGGUCGCCCUCUCUCCCAUCUCUGAUACCCACAUCCCCUGCCCUUCCGCCCUGCCCAGUCAGUCCAACGGAAGAUUUUUGCUCGCGCCAAACGGGACCAUUCCUUCUCGAGCUCGGGGUGUCAUUCCACGAAUAACAGUCCAUACUUCGCGGGUGAGGCGGCCCAGCCCGGACAAGCACAGCUUCCUGCUCUUCUGCCACCCGGAAUCUACCCACUCACUUGGGUCAUCUACCGAUCGACAAUCCUCAACCCCUUCGGUCCCUCUUAAGCCCUUGAGCCUUUUCUUCCUCUUCCUACCUCUCUUAUUCUUACUUCUUUUCCCCUACCUUCACCUUCCUGAUUCUUCCCAGGAUCAUCAACCUGUGAACCCCUCCCCCUCCUAA